CCACUCUACGCAGAAACACCUUCUAUUUGCACAGUGGUGAAUGAAGUCAUCGAAACUAAUACAGAAAUUACAGAAAUCUAACGUGAUCAUAUCUCCGCAAAUAUACAUACGGCCUUGAACCGCGAUUUCUAGUGUUCCUAAAUCAUAUUCAGUCCCAGAUUGAAAAUAAGUGUAGUGUAAAAUGUCCGACGAAACAGCUGGAUCAUCGAACGGAGCCAGUGAUGUUCCCGAAAUUGAAUUGAUUAUCAAAGCGUCCACAAUAGACGGCCGUCGUAAAGGUGCCUGUCUAUUCUGUCAGGAGUAUUUCAUGGAUUUGUACUUGUUGGCCGAACUUAAAACAAUUAGUCUGAAAGUGACUACAGUGGAUAUGCAAAAACCGCCACCAGACUUUCGCACCAAUUUCGAGGCAACUCAUCCACCAAUUCUGAUCGAUUCGGGAUUGGCAAUAUUGGAAAAUGAUAAAAUCGAACGUCACAUCAUGAAAAAUAUUCCCGGCGGAUACAAUCUGUUUGUGCAGGACAAGGAUGUGGCUACGUUGAUCGAGAAUGUUUAUUCGAAAUUGAAGCUGAUGCUGCUCAAGAAGGAAGAGAACAAAAACAAUUCGUUGCUCGGACAUUUGAAGAAGAUCAACGAUCAUUUGGCCAAUCGUGCAACCAGAUUCUUGACCGGAGACACGAUCUGCUGUUUCGAUUGUGAAUUGAUGCCACGACUUCAGCACAUUCGAGUGGCUGGAAAGUACUUUGCCGAUUUCGAAAUACCGAAUACGUUCGAGGCAUUGUGGCGUUACAUGUACCACAUGUACCAAUUGGAUGCGUUUACGCAAUCGUGUCCGGCCGACCAGGACAUUAUCAACCAUUACAAAUUGCAACAGGCUAAAGGUGAUGUGAAGCAAAUGAAAAUUAAUAAGCAUGAAGAACUGGAAACUCCGACGUUCACCACUUCUAUACCAAUUGAUAUUGCCGAGUGAGCAAGUUGAUUUGGAUAUGCGUGCCAAACAACCUUAAUUAAUGUAAUUUUUUUUAAAAGGGCCUUAAGGGUUGUUUUUAAAUAAUUUUUU